UGUAAAAAUGCAUUGUGCAUCUAAUUCACGUUGGAUGGGUCAAGUGUAGUGCACUCUUGUUUGAGCUGCUUGCCUUGUCACUUCCCUCUGUUAACUCAGAGAAAGACAGGAGACUUCAUGCUUUGUGCCCUGUGCGUGUAUUAUGCAGACACAUUGAGCAGAUUCAGGCUGUGUGCUUUUCUGACCAGCGUUUUUAUGUCCUUGGCCAACCAGGUGCAUGAGAAGCCGCUAUUUAAACAGCCAAAGAUGCUGUGGGCUUGAUUCAAGUGGGCUUGAAGGUUUUUGUUCUUUUGAAGUGUUUCAAGCGUUUUCAUUAUUGCCGUGUCACUAUUGCUGUGUUAUUAUUUGCAGUGAAUGUUUUUUGAUGUUGUGAUUCUGAUUGGCAUGGUUCUUUAUCUGUGUACCUGUGCAGUUAUACUCGCCCACUCUUUAUAGAAGAAGCCUCAGCCCUUGCAAUGAUCAUUGUUAUUUUUCCUUUUUUUUUUCUCCCCCUUUUGUUCCCUUCAACCAAUGACACUUGUGUUGAUGGCUGGUUUUAGAUGAUUGUUGAGCAACUAUUUUAAAUUUAAAGUUUUUUUUUCUUUUGCAAGGAAACUCACACCUCUUCCCUUUUCUAAGUUACUUGGGUGCCUUUAUUUGGGUUGUUUUCUUUCCCCUGUUAUUUCAGGGUUGUAUAGUCACUACAUUUUAACCACUUGCUACACAUACAAGAGUAAAGACUAGAUGUCACUGCGGGUACGGUGAUUCAAUCUGAGCUCACCGCAGGGGUUUUACACCAGGGAUUUAACCUAAAAUUAAAGAAUUAAAUUUUGAUUCAUUGACCAUUCAAAAAUUUGGGCAGAGCAUUGUUACAGUACAUCACUUGUUACUUUGCAUGUGUGGGCAGGAGUCAAGAAAGAGGAAGAAACUUUUUUUUUUUUUUUUCCCAAAAUAAACAGUGUGUAGUAAUGAGAAAUUCAUCAGUUUAACGCCUGCUGGAGCUCAGAGUCACCAGAACACGUGAUGUGCGUCAGAAUGGCUCCUCCUCUUGCUCUGGUGAUUCUGCUCAUGAUUCACAGAGUUUAUGGCCACUAUAGUUGUGGUGUGAGUUACAGUCGUUCACACAUCUGUGCACUAAAGGACUCAUCAGUGAUAAUGAGCUGCACUUAUACAUACCCUACUGGAUAUCAGAUCAGGAGAGUGUUCUGGACCAAAUCACAUUUAUUAAAUAAUGUAGAGCUUCCAGAUGUGUCUAAUUACCCUGAAUACAAUUUGAGAUUUUACUAUUAUGGAUAUAAAUGGUGGUACUACUACACCAUGAGACUGAGUCAUGUGACACUGAAGGAUUCAAGCAUGUACUAUUGCAGAUUCAUUACUAAUGUACAUGCAGGAAAUUGGAUUGGUUAUCCAGGAGUGACUCUUACUGUCACAGAUCUUCAGGUGGAGUCUCCUGAGAGAGUGACAGAGGGAGAUUCAGUCCGUCUGACAUGUAAAAGCAGCUGCACUCUGACUGACAGAGCAACAUUCAUCUGGUACAGAAACUCACAGCCAUUAACUACAGGAAUUAUUGGAAACCAGCUCAACCUCUGGAGAGUCAACAGAGAAGAUACAGGCAGAUAUAGCUGUGGUGUAUAUGGACAGAGUUACAUCUCUCCUGCUGUUCAACUCAAUGUCAGAUAUUCUCCAGAGAAUCCAGUGAUCUCCAUCAGUCCAUCUGGUGAAAUAGUGUCAGGAAAUUCAGUGACUCUGAUCUGCAGCAGUGAUUCAAACCCUCCUGCAGAAAUCAGCUGGUUUAAAGGAGGAAAGUUUGUAGGAUCUGGAAGAAUCUACAGCAUCUCAAAGAUCAGCUCUGAUGACAGUGGAGAAUACAAGUGCAGAUCCAUCAAUGAACAUGGAGAGAAAUACUCUGCUGUGACUUUAAACAUAAUGUAUCCACCGAAGUAUGCCUUUCUGUCCAUCAGUCCAUCUGGUGAAAUAGUGUCAGGAGAUUCAGUGACUCUGAUCUGCAGCAGUGAUUCAAACCCUCCUGCAAAACUCUACUGGUUUAAAGGAGGAACGUUUGUAGGAUCUGGAAGAAUCUACAGCAUCUCAAAGAUCAGCUCUGAUGACAGUGGAGAAUACAAGUGCAGAUCCAGAAACAAACAUGGAGUGAUAUACUCUGAUGCUGUGACUUUAAACGUCAUGUAUCCUCCCAGGAACGUCUCAGUGUUGAUAAAUGGAUCUGGUGAAAUAGUGUCAGGAGAUUCAGUGACUCUGAUCUGCAGCAGUGAUUCAAACCCUCCUGCUCUGAACUUCAGCUGGUUUAAGGAGAAUGAAAGCUCAGCUGUUGGAUCUGGACAGAGUUUCAGUGCACUACAGAGUGGACGCUUCUACUGUCAGGCUCACAAUCAACAUGGAUCUCAGAGAUCAGAUGCUGUAACUGUCACAGUUCACGAUGAUGAUGGUAGGAUUGUGAUUGUGAUCGCAGCGUCAUCUGGAGGAUUAUUCAUCAUCAUCAUCAUCAUCAUAUUAUUAUUAUUAUUUAUAAUCCAAGGAAAAAUGGUGAACAAAAGACCUGCAAUACAUGAGUAUGAGAACGAUAAUCCCGGAGCAAACAGAUAUAGAACUCUUGAGUCCAGAUCUUCAGACCAGUACAACACACUCACAACAGUCCAUCCCAUACCUGCUGAUCACCAGUCGGGCUCUUCUUAAUGAGAAUCUGUCAACACAUAUCAAGACACCAUGAUAAGAUGAAGCUCAAGUUAAACUUUACUCAACUUUUGUUGCAUCACUGAACACACCCACAUCACAACUAACAAUGAAAAUGAGUGACUUUACAUGUGAACGACGUGAGCUUCUGUUCUACAGUGGAGUGAUGUUUCUCAAAUUUGUUUUUCUAAAAGAAAGUAAUAUAUUCAUGUAUGAUCUCAAGUUUUCCACUGUGAGUUAGUGUUGUUAUAAAGAACCUUAUGCAGUAGUGUGACUACAAUAAUUUUUAUAUAUCUUUAACAUUUAACUGUUUAUUAAAAUGUCUGUUUGACUCAUA